GGCCCAGUGAAGGCGGAGAUUUUGCACUCCAUCCGGCUUUUUGCCGUUAUAAAAGCAGCGCGCUACGCGUUCGGCUCCAACACGCUUUCUUGAAGCCUUAGCAUUAGUUGUUUGUCUCCAGACUCCAGCCACCUCUUCAACUCACCAUGGACCCCAACUGCUCCUGCGCGACCGGUGGCUCCUGCGCCUGCGCCGGCUCCUGCAAAUGCAAAGAGUGCAAGUGCACCUCCUGCAAAAGGAGCUGCUGCUCCUGCUGCCCCGUGGGCUGUGCCAAGUGCGCCCAGGGCUGCAUCUGCAAAGGGGCAUCUGACAAGUGCAGCUGCUGCGCCUGACAUGGGAGAGCCCUGCCCAGAUGUAAGCAGAGCAACCUGUACAAAACUGGAGGGUUUUUUUAAUUUUUUUUUUAUACAACCCUGACCCGUUUUUGAUACAUUCCUUUUUCUACGAAAUAUAUGAAUGAUAAUAAUAAAAGUUGAUGACUUUAUUCUGGCUCUGGUUUCCUUUGUGUGGGUUGGAAACAGAGGGAAGCUGUGAUCAGCAUGGCUGGGUGUGGGACUGGACUGGGAUUCCAGAGAUCUGGGUUCUGGACCCAAAUAUUAGCCUCUCCCAAACUAGCUAACUCUCUGAGCUUCAGUUUCUUCAUCUGAAAAAUGGGAAGAGCAUUCUGCCAGCUGGUGUAAGGGUGUGGAGCAGACACAUCCUCCCGCUGUUCCCGCGUCAAGUAUCGAUGGCACAGAGACCGACAUUAAUCUCUCAUCUUCGUUCUCCGGGGAUUCCCUGCACGACCUCUCUCAGCAGAUGUUGGGCUUCAAAGGGUCUCUCAGGCGAUGGAGUUCAAUUCCCUUCCUGCUUGAAUCCCCACAUUUGAGAGAGCUGCUCAAACGCCCUGUGCAGAAAGACCAACCUGUAUUUCCUACCCGCCCUGUGCAGAAAGGCCAACCUGUAUUUCCUACCUGUUGCAGACCUAAGAGUGGGUAAAAUAAAAUAAAACCGAAUUACUAAGAAAAUGAUAUAAAUGAACAACCCAAAAUACAAACCCACUUUUUUACAUUAAACAGUAAAAUUUGAAUAAAUGUAGGAAGAACAAAAUAACAUAAUAAAUAACAAAAG